GAAAAGCGAAGGGAAGGCGGAGUCACCGGCUGACGCGCAGCCGGGACGGGGGCCGGCGCCCGCCCCUCGACGGAGUGAACGGGUCCGAAAGCUGAGUCCGCUGCUCGAGUCGAAUUCACAGAGGGAGGCGCUGGACGGAGUUUUAAAUCGCUCGGCAGUCGAAGGAUGAAGUGGGAGCAGGUGGAAGAGGAUUGUUCUUUAUAUCUGCUGAUCGCCAAAGACUGACAGUGUGCUGGAUCAAACCGAACCAUGCCGGGGUAGAUGACAAGUGCCUUUGAGGGGCUCUGGGCUACUUUCACCCAAGCUGUGCAUUCAAGGGCAGGAAGACACCGUUCUGGUCCUGAGUUAAUGACGGUCUCCCAACAGUGGGGAUGGGACCAGGCUACACAUUGUUAACAUCGGCGCAAUCCACUAUUGGAGCAACACUGCGGUCCUGCCAGUGGGCUCGGGGGUGUGGGAGAGUUAGAAACUGGAGAGCUGUUUAAACUGUGAAGGAGAGAGACCACCCAAUUUUGCCAAGAAGUUUAAUAUCGCAUUUUUACUGACUGGUCCAUUCCGACAAAGUUUGGCACCAGCUGAUUGAGGAAGAAAAGCUGGAACUAGCAGACAGACAUUUUGCCUCUUUCACGUCUUUGAACUGGACCUGAUUUUUGCCUCUGCUCAGCCUCCUGUUGGUUUUGUCCCUUUGCCAUCUUUGAGGUUAUUCUGAGAUCAGUCUGGUGCAGAGUGGCCAUCUUGUUUCUGGACCUGAAGAUGGAAGGUUUACAAGUUAUGGAUAUUGCAUUGAGUACCGUGAGCCCAGAGCCCCUGCAGCCUGCUGUUCCACCCUCAGUUACGUUGGGACUGACCAUUGUUUACACUGCACUUUACGGAUUCCUCUUCCUCCUGGUCUACAUCCAGCUCUGGCUGGUGUUGCAUUACAGGCACAAGAAGUUCAGCUACCAGACUGUGUUUCUCUUCUUGUGUCUGCUGUGGGCUGCUCUGAGGACUACUCUCUUCUCGUUUUACUUCCGAGACACCAUCCAAGCCAACACGCUGGGCCCUUUUUCCUUCUGGCUGCUCUACUGCUUCCCAGUCUGCCUGCAGUUCUUCACCCUCAGUCUCAUGAAUAUGUAUUUUGCUCAGGUAGUCUUCAAGACGAAAGCAAAAUAUUUCCCUGAGAUGGCCAAAAAGCUGCUUCCCAUCCGAUUGGUUUUCCUAGUUGCAAGCUUGCUGUUUCUGACGGUGAAUUUGACCUGUGCCUUGCUGGUGAAGAUUCAGCACAUGGAGACCAAGACCAUCGUCCUGAUCCGAGUCAUCAUCAACGACUCCCUCUUUGUCGCCUGUGCCGUCACACUAGCAGUCUGCCUGUACGUCAUUGCUAAGACGUCACCUUCCACCAGUAUCUACUUGGAAUCCAAGGGCACAUCAGUCUGUCAGACUACAGCUGUGGGAGCGUUGGUGUUCCUUCUGUACGCAAGCCGAGCCUGUUAUAACCUGGUUGCUGUGAUGUGUUCACCAGAUUCGCACGACUCUUUUGAUUAUGGCUGGUACAACGUUUCCGACCAGGCAGAUCUGAUGUCGAAUCUCGGGGACAAAGGUUACCUUGUGUUUGGUUGCAUCCUGUUUUUUUGGGAGCUGCUGCCCACCGCCCUGCUGGUGUUGUUUUUCAGAGUUCGCAGACCAUCUCAGGAUCUGGUGAGUCGGGCUGGGACUGGGAUGAUUAAUGGCCCAAGCUUUGCUUCCCGUUCAUAUUUCUUUGACAACCCUCGUCAGUUUGAAGGUGAUGACUGUUCCUGGGCAGUAGGAUCACACAACGAGCAGGACAGUUUAUCGAACAGUCUCCAGCGCAAUGGUUGGUAUGGCACUGAUAGCAGUAAUGUGGAGCCAGCCUGGUACGAGGGAGUGUCCCAGCGUAGCACCGCACCUUUACUCUUUGCCAGAGACCACAUGCAAGGCAGCAGCUUCUACCAUACGUUCUACUCCACUCCACAGACGUAGGCGCUCCAUGCAUUCCAGUGGGACACUCCGAUUCGGCGAGCAGCUUGUGUUUUUGUGUAUCAGCGUUGUAAAACUAACCAUCUCUUGGAGGGAGCAGGCGACAGGGACUGCUGACAGAAUUUGAGCUAGUUAACCAAAUGUGUGUUUUUAAACCGAUACUGGCACCGUACCAAACAGGUCCAAUUUACUUAUGGACUUUCCUUUUCGGAAGCUACCGUUUUACCUUCCUGCUGAACAGCAGCCGCCCAUUGCUGAAGAAAGAAGCGUGCAGCCAGCCCUGGGCUAAAUGCAGAGGCCGUUUUCUAUCUGAUUCGAUUGCUCAAGUUAGCUACUUCUCCCCUGGCGUUGCCUCAUUCUCCAAACCAGUGACCUGCUUCGGUUCCCUGGUCGUUUUACCAGCGUGAGUUUAACUAUAGAGGGUGAAAGUGGGCUCAAGCAGAAUUGCCAUUUUCUCCCGCCCUAUGGUGUCACCACAGAUUGAUUGUGGAAAGAGGCCACUCGGCUGGUCGUGUCUGUGACCUCUCUCCUUUGAGCAUCGGUGCCACUGUCCUGUUGUCUUCCCCUAACCUUGCAAAAGUCCCUUUCCAGAUAACUAAUUUGUUCUCUUGACUGCCUUGAUUGAACCUGCUUCCACCACACUCUGAAACAGUGCAUUCUAGAGCCUAAACCCUCAUAAUGUGGAACUUUUUUUGCUUCCUUUACUAAUUAUUCCAAACCUGUCAAGCUUGAAUACUUCAAUCGGAUCUCCCCUCAACCUCCCUCUUCAAUGAGAAAAGUCCCAGGUUCCUGUGUUGUACUGUUCUAUGUUCUCCAAUCUGGCUUCAACACUGAAGUUCCUCAUUCCUGGGGGAACAUUCUCAUAAAUCUCUCCUCCUCGUUCUCCAGUGCCUUCCUAUACAGCGGUAACCAGAACUGGAUGCCAGACUCCAGCUAAGGCUUUACCUGGUGCCUUGUACUUUUGAGGCAGUUCUGUUGAUGUCAGCAGAGCUGAAUGACAAGAGGUGUUUAACAGGCUAGCCUCGCAUCCUGGCCUGUGCCCACUUUCACACACUGUGGUUUGUGAUCCUCCUCUGUGGGUGCUGUCCUGAAAUUGAUCAUGAAACCACAGUGUCUUUCCGUCAGGUCUUGGUUCAUGUUAGGCUAAUGGCUAACUUUACAUCUGUUGCCCUACUUGCCCGCAAGCCUGGGUGAACAUUUUCACUUAAAGGAGUUACAAAUACUUAGGAUCAAAACAUAGCCAGCUCACAGGACCACAUGUUUGGGCAAUCUAGGGAGAUGAGAGUUAGGUGAAUCAAGUAAAUGAGAUUCUGGCCUGUAAUGGUUAAGAUUCGUGCCUCACCUUGCAAGAUUUGACAAUUUUAAGGUACAUGUAAUGCAGCUGGAUCCGAUACUGUCCUCGCCUGCUCCUCUGUACCUGUGUCUUUUUUUUGUCACUGGAAUAACUGGAUUAGAAAGUGGCACAAGACUGCGGAGGGUCUUGUAUUUUCCCUGGCUUCUAGAUGUUGGGAGUAAUUGCAGCGUCAUCCACCUCUGCUGAAACCUGGAAGACCAAGGACUGGCCCAGGGCCUCAGUUCGCUGGGCAGCUUGCUACCCACACUUACUACCAUAAUAAACCAUAAGAUUCACAAUGGACUUUGAUAUAAAGGCAGGUGAAGAAGAACUUUGAUAUUCCGGCUACGUGAGUCUUUGUGAAGCUCUUUGAUCCUCCUCAAAUCCAAACGCAUAGUUGACAAAUGCACAUUUACUUAUACAUAGAAUAUAACCAACUAGUACAGGUUUAACACACAGUGGGAGGUAUCCUGACAAAGUACCACUGUCGAUGAAUCCUCUCUACAACAUAUAUUUUCUACAUUUUCUUGUACGCUCUGGAACCAAACUGGUAACUUAUAUUAACGCCUGUAAACACAUCUUUAUGAAGUUUGCACUGUUAGAGAUGCGUGGAGCUGGAGGAGCACAG